CCUGUGCAACUACAAAGCUAUCGAAAUGCCCUCGCAUCAGACCUACGGAGGGAGCUGGAAAUUCCUGACGUUCAUUGAUCUGGUUAUCCAAGCUGUCUUUUUUGGCAUCUGUGUGCUGACCGAUCUUUCCAGUCUUCUGACUAGAGGAAGUGGGAACCAAGAGCAAGAGAGGCAGCUCAAGAAGCUCAUCUCUCUCCGGGACUGGAUGCUGGCUGUCUUGGCCUUCCCUGUUGGGGUUUUCGUGGUAGCGGUGUUCUGGAUCAUUUAUGCCUAUGACAGAGAGAUGAUUUACCCGAAGUUGCUUGAUAAUUUUAUCCCAGGGUGGCUGAAUCAUGGAAUGCACACAACGGUUCUGCCCUUUAUAUUGAUCGAGAUGAGGACAUCACACCAUGCGUAUCCCAGCAGGAGCAGCGGACUUGCCGCCAUAUGUACCUUCUCUGUUGGCUAUAUAUUAUGGUGCGGAGUCCAGUUUUCUCAUUAUCCUCAGUUCUCAAAGAUACUGUGCUCGCAGGUAUCUGCCCUACCUUGGAACCACUUGUCUGUUGGCUUCAAGACACCACACUUCAGUCUUUCUUCCACGUCUGUAGCCCCUCUGUUUUCAGUCUCAUUUUUAACCUCAUCCUCCUCAAACUACCCCUUAAAUCUUGAUUCUUUUCAGGGUUCUCUUACAGACCUACUUUCUUCAGACUGUGUGCGCUACCUAGGUAACCUUAAUCUGUUCCCGUGGCCUCAACCACCAUCUUUUCGCCAAUGACCCCAAUAUCUGUAUUGCCACAUCAGUCCUUUCCCUACAGUCCAAACCCAUGGAAGUGCCUUCAGGAUACCUCCUCUUGGAUAUCUUACAGACACCUCAGACUCAGCAUGUCCAAACUGAGCUCGCCAGCCCCUCACACCAGCUCCCUUACGGCACUCCCUGUCUCAGGAAAUGGCGGCACCUUCCACCCAGUUAAUCAAGCCAGGAAUCUAUGAUUAAUCCUUAAUUCAUCUCAGUGCCCUCAUUGCCUAAAUCCAAUUAAUCAACAGUUUCUCUUCAUUCUAUUUCCUGAAUCAGUGCCUUUCAAACUAACUUUACUAUAAAUAAAAGAAAUAUCUUUUGCAUCGUGACUGUGCCAGUGCACACAUGGAACAGAAGUUUCACAAAACAAUUUUUAUCAUCAUUAUAUGCAAGGCCUUCUGAUAUUUUCUAUUAUUUUUCUUCUAUUGUUCCUUUUUAAAAUGGUAGUAACUAGUGGAUUGUUGGCGAAUUUUAAACUACCAGCCCUUCUGGAGGUGAGGGAAGGGGAGCCUGAUGUGUAGCAUUUGUCAGUUUUCAGUGUAAAUACUCUCACCAUGGCUGAAUUUAAGCCACCAGCCAACAAGCCUGCAAACAUCCUAAAGAUACCAGCUCUCCUGACCGUAUAUAGCACGUCAUCAUUUAUCACCUAGAGUUUUUGAUGGACACUAGCCUAAAUAUCUCUUAAAUCUACCAACUAAUUUUCAUUCCCAGUGCUACCACUCCAGUCCUCGCCACCACCAUGUCUGAUAUAAUUGGUUUCUGGGUCAAUCUGAUUUGUUUCCCAUUUAUUUACUACCCUUCAAAAACUUCCUAUUGUCCAAAUUAGGACAGAGUCUACAAUUCUUACCAUGGCUUAAAAAGCCACCCACAGUUGAGCACCUGCUUGCCCCUCAUGCCCUCGCCCUUGAUUUCAACAAAAGUGGUUUUUUUCUUGAACAUUUGGGAGUUCUCCCUUGUUUUUAUGUCUCUGGACAUACUAUUCCAUUUGGCUAGGAAUUUCUCGCCUCCCAUUUUUGUUCAACUAACUCUUACUCAUCUUUCCCAUUGCAGCUUAAAUGCGACAUUGUUCAUUUAUUCAUUAUCCUACUAUGUGACAGGCAUCGUGGUAAGCGCUGAGGAUACAGUGAUGUGUAGAAAUAGACACAGUCCCUCAUCUCACAGAACUUAAUAUGCUAGAGGGGAAGAAACAUUAUACAAAUCAAAUAUCAUUCAAACUGUGUAUUAAUAAAAGAAGAGCUUAGGAAAAUAGGAGUCAUUGUUCUAUAAGAGUAUAUCAAAUCUGACCUACUGUAGUAGAUCCACGAAAAGUUUCCUAUGUGAUGACUGGUUCAUUAUAAUAGCUGAGCUAAGAUAUAAAUGAAAAAUAUAACUUAAUGAGUCUAAAGUUGGGUAACUAACAGCACAGGCAAAAAGAGAGGAAUGUGUAAAUCCACAUGGCAGGAAGGAACACGGUAAAAUCAAGGAACCAAAUGCAAGCCAGUGUAAGAGAAGCAAGGUAUGCGAUGGGGGUAUGAGACAGGUAGAAGCCAACUCUAUAACAGGCACCCCAGACGUCAUUAAAAAUUGGGGGGAAAAAGCAAUGGAAUGUCACUGACUUGUUGGAAUCAGGGAUAUAAUGUGUUCAUAUUUCCGGUUUGAAAAGCUCACUCUGGCAGUUGUGAGGAUGAAUUAGAAGGACACAAAAGUAGAUGUGGAGACAAAUUAGAAACUAUUACACUACUCCAGACAGAGAUGGUCGCAACACAAAUUAAGAUGUUGGUCGUCCAUGGAGAUGGAAAAAAAAAUUGACAUAUUAGAAAGAUGUGUGAGAUAACUGACAAGACAAGAUGACAGAUUGGCAUAUGUGGUGAAAGAGAGGGAUGUAGCAAUGACCCCCAGGUUUGAGUUACAAAAUCAAAAGGAUGAUAGUACCAUUUGCAGAAUGGAAUGUCAGAGGAGGACCAGGUUCGUUGGAAAAAAGCAUGACUUUAGCUGUGGCUAUAUUGAGUUUUAGGUACAUGUAAGAUGUGUAAAAUGAGAUGGUCUGAGGACUACUUGAUAAACUAUUCUGGAACAGAGGAGACAUCUGGAUUAGGACCUAGAUCUGUGAAAUGACUGUGUAUAGGUAGUAAACAUGCAGCCAUGGACAUGAAAGAACUCAUCAACUGAAAAUGCAUAAUAGGAGAAGACGGUUUCCAAACCAAUUCUUAAGGAAAUUGCACAUUCACUGGCUGGGCAGUGAAAGGUGAACUUACAAAGGGAACCAAGAAAAGCAGCCAAAGAGGUAGGAAAACAGGAGAAAUUGAUGUCACAGAGCGAGGACAUUUUGGUGGAGUAUCAAGAAAUGAAGCCAGACUGUUGUAGGUGGUGGGGGCUGAGUGCAAAGUACAGAUCUAGAGUCAGUGAGUGUAGACUCACUGGACAAGUCUGUCCUUGAAGAGAAGGAGAUAUACAGAGUUGUAUUUGGAAGCUGAUGGAAACUUUUUUAUUGUGUUUGUAAGAAAAGCAUUUGAGCAUAUUUAUCAGCGAUGAAAAACUUGGUUUGAAAGAAAGGUGAACAUACAAGGGAGAGGAAGGCUAAUGGUGUCAGGUUCACAAAAAAGCAGAGAAUGAUCCCUGGACACCCCUGACACGCCUACACUCACCUCGGUUCUGAGGACACUCGUCAUUUCUCCAUUAACUCUGUGUUCCUUGUUAGACAGUACUGCCCAAGGACAAGAAUCACCUUUGCCCCAUUUGCUUCUGUAUCCCUGGUGUGCGGCACAGUGCUCAGAUAGGAGGCAUGAAUAAAUGUCAUUUUAAUUGCAUAUUAAAGUGAAUAAAAUUGGAAGUACAUUUAACAAAAGAGGCAAUCCCAGAAGUCUUGUGAUACUAUAGCAUAUGCAUACAUAUGUAUGCACACGCACAUACACAUGCACACACACAUACUGUAGUUAUUGAUUUUUUAGGCUAAAUUGAAAAAUUGGUAUCAUUCCCUUAAGCAUAAGCUGUUUUGGGCACUAAGACAAGAGGGCCUUAAGAUAAGGUAGAAACUGAAAGUCAACUAAGAACUGAGAACUCUCCACAUAUAGAUGAGCAAGGCCAUGCGUCAUUUUUUGUGCAGAAAAUUAAGCCCUGAUUAUAUCAAGGAAACAAAGGGUGAAAGUGCAACCCAUCAGGACAAGUGGAUGCACCAUCCACAGCAGUCCAGGUGGAACCCCACACAACGGGGCUUCUGCAUCUGAGAUGGUCUGGUGACCUGCUAAGUCCAAAAACUU